ACCACUUGGCAUUUUACCAAUGAGUGUAACCACCAACACAGAAACAGCAGAUUCAGCUUUUUAAAAAGUCAACUUGACAUUCUGAUUUUUUUAAGCUUCCGCUGUGAUGAGAAAGCGAAUGAUGAAAUCAAUCAACUGUAUAAAAACGAAAAUAUGUAUUAUGUUUGCAAAUGUCAAGCAAAGCACCAAAUAACCAAAAAUCAAUUUAAAAUCCAUCUUUAAGUAAUUACACAUUUGCAGAAGAUGCACAGAUAUUGCAAGCACAUUCAUAAGCUGUAAUGAAUGUGAAAGUCUGUGACAUUUUUCACUUUAGCAAACCCUAUAGGAUGUGGCAUAUGGGUAACAUAUAUGUGUGCAUCUAAGCAUUAGUAAACAUGACUGAUAGGUUGGAAAGAGAUAAAAUCACACACGCAGAUCUUUUAAGUUGAUCGUAGUUAUUACAGUUAGUUAAGGUUGGAAAACCACAGAUGCCCAGUGUCGCACUUUCAAAACCAUGAAGGAAAUGACUCAAAAGUUUUGUGCGUCUCUCACACCAAAAAUAUCAAAACAGACCAAACGACACACAAACUUUCAUGAAGACGCACAAUUUAUGGCUCACACAGAUCUGACAAAAAGCCAAAGCGCACUGGAAAUGACAAACAGUACCUGUAACCUGACCGACUACAUGGUGCUGAAUGAUGCUGAGAAAGUGGCCAUUGCCACAAUUUGCCUCCUGAUAGCACCCUUUGCCCUUCUAGCCAACAUUCUAGUGCUGGUUGUCAUAGGUUGUUUCUCGCACUUGCGGCAACAUCCAUCAUACCUCUUUAUGGGCAGCUUGGCGCUGGCUGACACAGUCGCUUGCUGCGUUUUUACAACAAUCUUCCUGAAUUUCCACCUUUUGAAUCCGGACAACUGUUCGGAUGAAUAUCUCUUGAAACUGGGCGGGUUGACCAUGGCAUCUACGAGCUCCAUGGGAAGCCUUCUUUUGAUGGCGGUGGACCGCUAUUACGUCAUUUUCAAAGCUUACAAAUACAACGUGCUGAAACGAAAAAGAGUCGUGGUGGGAACUGUGACAUUAUGGGCUGUGGCUUUCUUCAUUGCCUUCCUUCCUCUGAUGGGCUGGAGAUGUUUGAACGGUCAAUCGUGUUCCAAACUCUUUCCUUAUGUCCAUCGUUACUAUCUGGGAUUCUGGGCCAUUCUGGUGCUGGUGGUCCUCGUGCUCAUUUUGGCAGCCUACGGCAUCAUAGUCUGGAAGGCCCACCGACACGAUGCCAACAUGGACGCAGAGCAUCCAGGAAAUGCACGUAUGCGUGUGGAUAUCCGUUUGGCAAAGACUUUCAGCUUUAUUUUGUUGAUUCUGUUAGUGUGUUGGCUACCUAUCCUUAGUUACAUGAUGGCAGAUGUCGUUUCAGAGCAGAUUUCCAAACUACACAGAAAGGUGUUCACUUUCUGCUGUCUGCUGUGUUUGAUAAACUCUGGUAUAAACCCGUUACUUUACACCCUGCGCUGCCGUGAGCUACAGGCUGCACUUGCUUCAUUGUUGUCUGGUUUAAGGAGAUGGAAAGGUUGGUGCUGGAGCAAUACCUCACCUAUCACAUAACUGAUUGACGUAUCAGCCAAGCCACCAAUAAUAUUAAAAAAAUCUCUUAUAUUCAGAUUCAUUUACAUGUUAUUUCUGUCUUUAAACAAAUAGAUUAGGAAAACAUAUAGGACAAAAGGAAGCAUAAAAACACCUUUAGUGGUAUGUUAGUAAACCUUUAUGAUAAUAGUUUGUUUUUUGCCUUUGAAAAUCUGCUAAAAUAUCAGUAUAAAACAUUAAUAUCUGCUCUACUUAAAAAUUGUACUUCAGUUGGUAACUCUUAAAAAAAAAUUUUAUAAACUUAAAUUUUCUCACUUUAAAGGGGACAUAUCAUGACAAUCUGACUUUUCCAUGUUUGAGUGCUAUAAUCGGGUCCCCAGUGCUUCUAUCAACCUAGAAAAUGUGAAAAAGAUCAACCCAAUAACUUAAACCAUUCUCUGCAAGCAUGCGAAAAAUAGGACAUUGAAAUUUGUCUCCCCUUGUGAUGUCAGAAGGGGAUGAUACCGCCCCUUAAUCUGAACUAUCCAACCAUAGCACUGCCAUUUAGUGCAGAGAUCAACUCAUUUGCAUUUUAAAGGACACACCCAAAACAGCAAAUUUUUGCUCACACCUACAAAGUGGCAAUUUUAGCAUGUUAUAAUAAAUUAUCUAUAUGAUAUUUUGAGCUAAAACCUCACAUAUGUACUCUGGAGACACCAAAGAUUUAUUUUCUCAAAAAAGU